AUGGCGGCGAUUCUUGGGAAUCUCCUCACUAUCGAGAUUCUGUCGCGUCUCCUACCGGAAAUUCUACUCCGAUUGAAGUCCGUUCACAAAUUUCGGUACGCUCUUAUCAAUGAACCUCAAUUCGUAUCAAAGCAUUUCUCAAAUUCUCUUCAACACAAACACAUUUUUCUUACGUGUGUUGUCACGAACAAGUCAGGAGAACAGGAAAUUAUGUUCUCUAUCUUCGACGUUCCUUUCAAUUCAUUAGUGUCCGUUGUCGAUGUGAAUGUCCCAUACCAUGAGCAUUCUCGGUAUUUUGAAAUUCAUGGUCAUUCUCACGGCUUAGUUUGCGUCGGACGCUCUUGGAUUUGGGCAGGAAAUUAUGUUAUCGAUCUAGAUUUUUCAUACCAUGAGCAUUCCCAAUAUUUUGAAAUCAACGGUCAUUCUCUCAGCUUAGUCUGUGUUACCAUCGGUGGUGGGGAUAUUUUCCUUUGUAACCUGACAACUAGAGAGUUUCGUAAACUACCACCGUCCAUUCUUCUCCUCAUUGGACUUUCAUGUGAUCCCGACAUUCAUUGUUCGUUAACGAACGCCUUGGGUACGAAGCAAAAUCUAGGGAUUUUAAAGUUUUUAGGGUUAUUGAUUUUUUUGGACGAUCAUCGCUAUUUUCAACAUUGA